GGCGGGUUUAACGAGGGUAAAUCGGGAGGAGGCUAAAGCUCUCUCCAAAUGAGUGACUCUCCACCGCCCUCCGCUCAUAUCACAAGGUACACGCCCACCCGCCCACGAGAUCCUUCCAUGGCGACCAAACAGGGCUCCGUGAGGCCUCACCUGCUCUCUAACGAGCUGGCCCUGCUGGACUAUGCGGCAGAUGAUGUCCGUGAUAUCGUGACCCUGUCUGACAAGGAGGCGCUGGUGCUUCAGCUGGCUGGUCAAGUGCAGGAACAGCAGUUGGAGAAAGCAUUACUGGAGCAAGAACUAGAAUCACUAUCGGGCGACAAUGUUGAAGAAGAGCUCGCGAUCGCGGAACGCGAGUUCCUCGAGGCGCGCGGUUCCUACACUGUCAGAAGGAAAGCUGCUCGCACAAUUCUCAUGACAGAUCCUAUUCUCAAAGCAGUUCACCUCAAAGCGACUACACCUCCUGAACGAGCUCUACUCCGCCUAGUCAAUCGACGCGACGUGCUCGCCCUCGCGCAGGAGAAUCUAGCAUCAGCGCAUGAGCUAGUACUCAAACAGCUAUCUGAUGCGGAGGUCGAGAACCUCAAAAUCAACCAGGAGAACCAGGAACUGGUGCGCGAGCUUCUCGAGCUGACCAAGCAGGAUUCCUCCUGGCGCGAGCGGCUCCAGGACGCAGAUCUCGCAUCCCAGCUGGAUCAGCUUGAGGCUGAGCUGAAGAAGAGCAAAGCGAAAUGGGAGACCAUGAAGAGCAUUGCUAGUGCGAUGGUGGUUGGUAGCGGACUCGACUGGGCCGACGACGACACCCUCCGCGCAUUGGUACUGGAAGAAAGUGAUGACUGAUUUCUUAAUAUUUUAUGGGUCAAUUGGGGUGUGGGUGAUUAUCUGACGGGAUACCCUCAUGUGCAUAUUGGCGUUUCAGGUGCUACAGAUGGGUCUACAGACUACGAUACUUUGUCCAUCUAAUAAUGGCAUUUCUUCUAUGGCGAUCUUAGG